GUACGUCACUUCUUCCAGCUGUUUCUGGGGGAACGCCAUCGUCAUUGUGUAUCGGUUUUGGACGCGUACCUGUCUUUUGAGUUGUUUAGUUGUGGAAUUGAAUCCGUUAGUAUCUCAUCAAUCCUUCGAAACGAAAGCUGGAAUCAUCAUGAGUGGAGGAAUGCCGGAGCUAGGCUCCAAGAUAAGCCUAAUAUCGAAGGCGGAUAUAAGAUAUGAGGGACACCUUUUUACCGUUGAUCCUCAACAAUGCACCAUCGCUCUUGCGUCCGUCCGGUCAUUUGGGACAGAAGAAAGGGAAACGGCAUUCCCAGUGCCUCCUCAAAAUCAGGUCUAUGAUUACAUAUUGUUCAGGGGGUCAGAUAUCAAAGACAUUCGCGUUGUUAACAAUGUUAACGCGAUGCCAAAUGAUCCGGCGAUUAUGCAACUGUCGGUGCCGCCAUCCCUGGGGAAACAACCAUUCCAGGGACCAGGAUUCACCCAUCCCGUGCUCGGCCAGAUGGGUGCAGGUGCUGGACCCAGUAGUCAGUUCGGCGCUGGUGGGGCUUAUGGGAACGCCACCGCUAUGGAUGCCUUGGCUCCAGGCAUGCGAGGCCCAGGCAUGAUCAACAAUAAGCCAAGUGAGUUGAAUAUGCCACCCCCCACGGGUGUUGUUCAUCCCCCGCAAGACCUUUCCCAACACCAUCACGUGGUAUUGGAGCAAACGACGAACCCCGCACCUCGGUCUAAAGACAAACACGAUUUGAUUAGUGGAGGAUCAAGGAGCACGACACCAGCCAGUUUAAGGAAGUCUCCAACUGCUGACCAAGGUACACAGGCUGGUGGAAAAAAAGAUGACAAGAAGAUUGUCAGACCAAUUCAACCACCGAGGAAUAAAGAUCGUAGGGAUUCUCGUGGGGAAACGCAACUGCAGCAUCGAAACCAACAGCAACAACAACAGUUUCACCCUAACAAUCAGGGUAUUCAUAUGCAAAGGCAAGGUAAUUGGGUACAAAGAGGUCCGAUGCGACAGAGGGCUCGGGGAAGGCCACGAGGUGGACCCGGUGGUGGUUUCGGGGGACCGAUGGGUAACGGAGGCUUCAAACCUCAACCUCAUAAUCGCCAGAAUCAACAAGGUGCUGCUGGCAAACCUAAGAUUAAAUUUGACAGCGAAUAUGAUUUUGAACAAGCCAACAGUCAAUUUGAGGAACUUUGUGGAAAAUUUGGAAAGACAAAGCUAGAAGAUGGCAAGGUGGAGAUGAACGGUGCAGCGACGACAACAGUAACGCAUGAUAGCGACAAGAAGGACGACUCCGGUAACGAAACUGGAGCUGGUGAAAAUGAACUGGAAGAGGAUGCUGAUGUAAUGUACUAUGAUAAGGCUAAGUCAUUCUUCGACAAUAUCUCCUGCGAGGCCGUCGAGCGUUCCAAAGGACGAUCGCAAAGGACUGACUGGCGCACAGAACGUAAAUUGAAUUCUGAGACUUUCGGCGUGGCUUCAGCAAGGCGCGGCGGGUACCGUGGACGAGGAGGUUAUAGAGGUGGAAGUUAUAGAGGCGGCUAUCGUGGAGGCUACAGACAGGGCGGAGGACAACAGCAACAGAGGAAUCAGCAAGGAAUGGGAGUAAUUCCUGGCAGCAGCGGCGACCUUAGCUUGAGGAUGAACAAUCCUCAACAACAGCAGCAGCAGCAGCAACCACAACAACAGAGCUCAUCACAAAUUAACAACAGUGCCCCAGCUCCGGUGCCGGCGGCCGCUGUAAAAUAGAUCUGAGCUGUGCCCCCACUGACAUAUACCGGCCGUUUAAAAGAAAAAUGUGUGCGAAUGGACCUUAAGUUUAUUGUAAUUAUGAAUUUCUUCAUUUUUUCGUGUGUGGUAAACGAUAUAAAGCAUAAAAUGAAUUUAUAUAAUAUCGACUGUGAUGCCUCUCUCACGGUUUUUAUUUGUUGUCGAGUUUAGUGCCGGCAGUGGUGUCAGUAUUAGAAAACAAGAACAGCCUCAAAUAUUCUUAUUUUCUUUAAUUUUGUUUGAGGAGAUUGAAACUACAAAAAAAAAUCAUAAUAAAAAAAAAAAUAAGAUGCGCGUACCUUAAGUGAUAUAAAAUUUUAUUUUAAUAUAAAGCGAAAAUAAAUGAAAAAUUUAGUAGGUGGGUGCACUGCCGUACAGAAGUUAUAUAAUGUAAUACUUAAGAAUGUAAUUUUAAUUUUUAUACUUUAUAUAAUAGAAAAAAAGAGGGUUUGUGCGUACGCGGCUUCCCGAAAUAAUGGCAAAUAAUACAUACACGCAAACAUGUAGUAAUUACACACACACGUCUCGAGGGUUUCUGUUUUUUUAUUAUUUUUUUUUUAGUUGGUUGUGCUAUUAAACAUAUUAUUAUUAUUUUAUUAUCUGGUUUAAAAACAUGUAUUUUUAAAGAAUUUGCUUUACGUUUGAUUAUACUAAUUUUCUAUACUCAAUAUUUUUUCGCUGAAGCCGCGUCGGAACGAUUACAAUUAACAAAAGAUGAAGAAACAAGAAUUAAUAAAAGUAAAUUACGAUACUUAGCAAAUCUGGUGUACUUGAAAAAAGAACGCAAUUUAGGAAGAUACAUUGUGUAAUUUAUUACUGAAUUUAUUGUUAGACAUUUGUAAUAUGUAAAAAUUUAAAAUAAUAAAUUAAAAGCGAAUGAACAACACGGAGAAAAGUGCAGUUUUUCCACGUGAAUUGCGAAAUAUCAGUAAAUAAUCUGAGGAGAAUGAAAUAUAUAUAGACGUACAUAUAUAUUAUCGUUAUUUAUUUUACUUUAAGAUAAUCUAUGAAAAGAAAAAUCCAAUUGUUUGUGUGAUACAGACACAUUUUGAAUAAAACGGUAAGGUACCAAUUUUAUUGAUAAACCUGUUUCAACUUGAUUCCUUUCAAUACUAAAAAUAUGAAAACUAGUUCGAAAUUAUAAUUGUGGCAGUUAUUUUAUAAUGAACUUAUAUGGAUUUAAUAAUAUUUGAUUUUUAUGUUCAUUUUAACUGCUGAAUUAAUGUUAGAAAUUAAUCGAUGUGGAUUGUUUACAAUUUGAGCAUAUAUGUCGUUGUUAUUGGAGUUUGUUUAUGAUCGUACCUAUGGUGAAAUUGUGGAUGUCUACAAGAAAAUUCUAUUUUUGUAUAGACAAUAAAGAAGCCAGAAAGAAUGUUAGAUUAAUAGUAGAGAUGGUAGUCAGAUUUCAUGAUCGAAUAUAUGAAGUGAUGUACAAAUGAUGGACGGACUACAAAGAAUGUUCUUAUCGGCAGAAUAAAAUUGUAGACUAGUAAUAAUUGUAACUGAAAAGGAAUACAAUGGAUUAGCAAAUUGGUAUACAAAUUAUUAUAUCUUACCUAUUUUGAACUAAAAUAAAGGUCGUUUUUAUGCAUAACUUCUAUAUUCAUCUUAAUUGGCAUUUAGUAUAAAAUACCCGUGGGUUAU